AUGACACUUGUAUCAAAACUAGAGUUUUUCUUGGCCCGUGCGGCGGACAGGCUGCGCAAGUGCCGAAUGACAGGCACGGGAGAGGAGCCGCCGCCCAUGGGUGCAUUUCAGGCGUUUGGGAUUAAUAGCAGCAGCGGCAGUAGCAGCUUGUGGGGUGGCUGUCGCGUGUUUCUUCAGUCCGCCCCCCUGCUCUUGGUGUUUGGGAAGAGGCGAAAGACUGGACGGGACCGGACGGAAUGGGGGAGCGGGACUGGAAGGGGGGAGGCUUUGUUGCGACAUGACCUGUAUGAGUAUCUCGGCAUCUGUGGCUUUUUCAUGUCUUGA